AUCGAUAUAUACCCUACGCAGACGUAUUCCGUACUCUUUUCGGUACAAAACUUUUCUGAUAAAAACCAAAAUUAAUAAAUUUGCUUGUGUUUGUAUCCAUGCAAAAGAGUAGAUAAGGUCUAAAGCACCUCUUCGUCUCCAACGCCACGUUGCAGCAGCGCACACGUACAGUACAACAUAACAUCCACGUACAUUCGCAAACAUCAAUACAUUGGAGCGAAGAGACAAGUGCAGGAAAAUGAGUUCUUCUUCAAAUGCAGGCCAACGCACCAAACUGAUACAGGAAAAAUGUCAAACCCUAUUAACCCAAAUGCUACGCGACGAAGAUAACAAAUAUUGCGUUGACUGCGAUGCCAAAGGUCCCCGCUGGGCGUCUUGGAACUUGGGCAUGUUCCUGUGCAUCCGCUGCGCUGGCAUCCACCGGAAUUUGGGUGUUCAUAUAUCACGUGUCAAGUCAGUGAAUCUGGAUACUUGGACGCCGGAGCAAGUGAUCUCGCUGCAGCAAAUGGGAAACUCUAGGGCCCGCGCCGUGUACGAGGCGCAGCUUCCGGACGGAUUCCGACGGCCACAAACGGACACCGCAUUGGAGAACUUUAUUCGUGCAAAGUACGAACACAAAAAGUAUUUGGCCCGCGAAUGGGUGCCGCCGUCACCACCCAAAGUAGACUGGGCCAAGGAAAUCGAUGAAGAACUAGAGCGGCAGAAGAGGAAAAAGAAAAGUACCCAAGCCAGCUUGGGUCUCAGUGGCGUUGCAAGCGCUGUCGACAAGCGCGCCUCCACAUCGGCGACUGGAUCCAAAAACUCGCCACUACCCGCCCCAUUGCCCAAGCCCAAGCCGAACCAAGUUGGCGGCUGCAGCCCAAAGACCUCACAUCGUGUACAAUUAAAUAGCAGCGCCGGCGAAAGUGAUCUUUUGGGGCUUUCAUCGCCCACUAAGCCCAUAGUGGGCGGUGGGGCUGCCACCACUGCUAGCCAAGACCUUCAAAACGAAAGUUUCACCAGCUUUCUAAGUGCCAGCAGCUGUGGCAUCAUCCCGACUGAUACUGCCACAGGUCACCAGGAGAAAUUUAAUGGGAACAAUGGUGAUGCCCUGCUGGCCUCAAAGCCCAACUCAUUGGCACAGGAGGAGCAGGACUUCUUCAACCAAGGCUCGCUGGGGAAUGGGGCCAACGACAAGGACCAGUCUGGCAAGCUGUCUAAGGACAGUAUCCUGGCUCUGUACGGAAAUACACCUACCACUCAUAAUCCGCAACUGAAUUUUGGCGGAUUCACAGGCAUGGCUCCUGGCGGAUACAUGCAUCAGCAACAGCAGCAGCAGAUUCCACAUCAAUUUAUGACGCCCCCGAACUCAGUUAGCAUGUACAAUGCCCCUGUAAUGGCUGCUCCGAACGCGUUCAGCAACGCCCCCAUCAGCUCGAGUGCCAAUUCAAUGAGCAUGGCGGGUGUGGGUGGAGUCGGCUUUGGCGGUGGACAGUUUCUGAACUCUGGCGCCAGUCCUUAUGCUGCAGGCGGUAGCUUACCUGUGCAAGGAUCUGGCUCGAAUCUGAUGCAGACAAAUCAAAGCAUUCUUAGUGGGAUGCCCCUGUUUGGGGCACACCCGCAGGCGGUUUCACAGCAGCAGCAACACCCACAGCUGGCGAGCCUCUCCAUGAAUGUCAUGCAACCCCUAUCCACUGGCUUGCCUAUGGCUCCCCAAACCGGACCGAUUGGAUUCCCCGCCUCGGCUGGCCCCACUGCCUCCUCAGUACCAUCCAAUCUGAAUCAGCAAUUCGGAAACUUAAAUAUCGGUAAUGUUUGGCAAUAAAUACAGAUUGUAUUUAUGUAUAUGUAUGUAUUCCUUUAAUUAAUUUUAAGACAAGCGUAUGUCUCGCGUUGCAGAUGAGAGUGUAUGUGUGAUGAGAUGAUAAGGUUAUAUCCAUUUGAUGUACAACUUGCCAGUUAGUUAGUUGUGUAGAGACGCGUUUGAGCAAAACACACGUAUUGAUAGCAGAAUUAUCCACUUGCCUCUCGCGUCGAGCCAUGUAUUAGAAAAUGUUCAAGGUUUGCAGGGCAGUACAGGGUGUGCAGUGCGGCGCCCGUUCGCCGAAUCUAUUCCAAUUAUACCAUAACUUUGUCUAACACCAAAAUAAUAAAAAUCUAACUACAACUAAAACCUAUAAUGCACUUCCGAAUUAUGUGUAUGUACGCGUUCUAUUGAAAUAUUAGCUAGGAUUUAAUACAUAUAUCGUGCAUAAAUCAUCCAUGCAAGAAAGAGAGUAUGUUAAGUAAAAGAUUUGGCAAUGUACUUUUAAUCGGUACGGUCCGCAUCUUAAGAUAAUCUCACAUUUGUUUCUCAAAGUGAAUAUUAAAUAUCAUGGCUGGAGUGUUGGAUUAAUGUAUGCAUUCGUUUUGUAAGUGGCUACAUUUAAGGAAUAAAUUAAACAACUUCGAACUGUGUAAUAUUACUUGAUUAAAAA